UGCUGAACAGUUCGGCAGUUCGUGCGCGUCCAUUGCGAUAACAAUACCUCGGUUAUCCCUGUAAAUAACUACUAACUAGUACGGUUUUUUAAGAUAAUAACACACAAAUUUUUGGGUCCUGCUGCAGGAGAAAAAAAGAGGGCGGCGUGAGCUGUGUGUCUGUACGUGCGGGGGCAUGUUGCAAAAGGGCGGCCGCGGCCAAGCGUUAGUCGUGUUCAGCUCCCAGGAGGGAUAGAAGUUAUACAUAUAUUAGUGCACUGUUAUUGGUGGGAUUGGCCCGGAGUGUGGAGCCACGCGCGGGGUGGUCCCCUGUUUUAGGGUUCGUUUUUUGUCCCUGCACAAGGGAUAUGGCAGUGGAUUUUUGAGCACACACAGAGUACCUUAGAGUUUAUCGUUGACAAGUGACAAGUGGCAAGGAAAAAGGCUACCCCCGGGGACACCCGAUCCCCAGCGUGUUGAACAUUCCGGAUUGUCCGGAGCAAACUCUUCGUGCGGGGAAGAGUAGUGUGUGGUGAAGUAGAAGAAAGAGGAAAAAGGCCUGCACGGAUCUAGGAAAAAAAAGGGCCAGCCACUGAGCUCUCCCAGAGACACGGGGCCGAGCCGUAGACGCGCCAGCGAGAGCGAAAAAAUGUCAUCCAGACGUUAUCCUUGAUAGACGAAACCGCUCCUUUUUUAAAAAGGUGACUUUUUUAAAAAAGGACGCGAAACGGAGCCACCAGCCAGCACCAUGCGGGAGUCCUGCUGUCGCAACACUAUUAUUACUACUAUUACUACUACAACUACCAGGAGCCGGAGACGGCGGGGCAACACCAUGGCCAGCGGCAGCAGUAGUGGCACCGCUAUGGCCCGGAUAGCGGCAGCUAUCAGCGGCCACAGCAGUAGCGGCGGUGCCAGUGCUGCCAGUUCCUCCCUCCGACGACGCGCUGGCCACAGCCGCCGGAUACUCCCGUUCGCACUGAUGGGGCUCCUGAUCGGCUCCUUUUGGCUGCCAUCGAACCUAGUUAACGCCGUGGACUCGCUGGACGCUUCAUACUAUGACCAAAACUCUACCGGAUCAACUCUACUAUCGACAAAUGGCACCAACACAUCCAUCGUAGUAGCGCAAAAGGAUCCCCUGUUUCCCGCAGACUUGUUUACGCUUGAGCAACGUCGUAAUGGUGCUGUCAUAUUACACAUUCUAGGCGUAAUAUACAUGUUUGUCGCACUGGCAAUCGUAUGCGACGAGUUCUUUGUGCCUUCUUUGGACGUGAUCAUUGAGAAACUGGGCAUCACGGAUGACGUGGCCGGUGCGACCUUCAUGGCCGCCGGUGGCAGCGCCCCGGAACUGUUCACCAGCGUGAUCGGUGUGUUCGUUUCGUUCGAUGACGUCGGUAUCGGUACGAUCGUCGGUUCGGCCGUGUUUAACAUCCUGUUCGUUAUCGGUAUGUGUGCGUUGUUCUCCAAAACCCUGUUAACACUUACCUGGUGGCCGUUGUUCCGCGAUUGCACGUUCUACAGUGUUAGUUUGCUUACGUUGAUCUAUUUUUUUCGUGACAACCUGAUCUGGUGGUGGGAGGCGCUAACGCUGUUUAUAAUCUAUAUCGCGUACGCUGUGUUUAUGAAGUUUAAUCAACAAGUGGAGAGAUGUGUGAAGAAGAUUAUCUAUAAAAAUAAGGUGACCAGAGUUCGAAGCACUGAUCAACUUAUGCCUGCAGAAAUUGGCUUGCUAGAAGAGUAUAAACGGCCCGGCAAUCGAGAUAAUGAGAGUCCUCAGCUGCAAGGCAACGCGGCCAACUCGUCGGAGACGUCGAUGGCGACGCAACCGGGCGGUUCGGUGACGUCGAGGGCGGCCUCGGAGAGCCGGUCGGGGCCGCCCGGUUCGAGUAGUGGCAGUGUUCCGAUUCAUCAGAAUCAAACCGCAACCGGGGCCAAAUUCCGACACGGUCUGCUGCAGCUGAUGAUCCACACGAUAGACCCAUUGCACGAUGAUCCCGUUCCAGGUAAAGUCGAUGAAAAGGCGACGCAGCUGCACGCGAUCGCGUCGUUAAAAGUGCUGCUGGAUGCCACCAAGCCGCAACGGGGAGCUGCCACGUCGUCUGCGGCGAAUCAUGUUAAGAUUAAUUUAAGAGAAACCACCUUAGCUAGUGAUCGUCCAAAUGGAAAUAUAGAUACGACAAUUGAUUCGGGUAACGAAUUAGAAGAAGAACCACCAGAGGCAUUAAGCAUGUCUUGGCCAAAGACAACUAGGAAACGAAUAACCUACCUAUUAGUUGCUCCAAUUUUAUUUCCUCUGUACUUAACACUUCCCGACACUAGAACACCAAGGGGUAAGAGGUUUUACCCGGUCACGUUCAUCGGUUCGAUUGCGUGGAUAGCCGCAUACUCGUAUCUUAUGGUGUGGUGGGCGAACGUUGCUGGCGACACGGCGAAGAUACCACCGGAGGUGAUGGGACUGACGUUUUUAGCAGCUGGUACCUCAAUUCCCGACCUGAUCACGUCCGUGAUCGUGGCGCGGAAGGGCUUUGGCGACAUGGCGGUGUCGAGUUCGGUCGGAAGCAACAUUUUCGACGUCACGGUCGGCCUGCCGAUCCCGUGGCUCCUGUACGGCAUCAUCUACGGCCAACCGGUGGAGGUCAACUCCGUUGGCAUGGUGUGCUCGAUCACGAUCCUGUUCUUGAUGUUGGUGUUUGUCAUCUUGUCGAUAGCCUGCUUCCGUUGGCGCAUGAACAAGGGCCUAGGGUUUACCAUGUUUUUGUUAUAUUUUGUAUUCGUUGCCGUUUCACUCAUGUUUGAAUACGAUGUGUUAGUGUGUCCGGUUUAAAUAAGUACGCUUACACAAUACGCUAAUAGAGAGCGCUAGUGGUUGACUAAGCUGAGCAGCAGAAUGGUAAGAAUCAUCUACUUUAGUAGUAACGUUUAGCGAACCAACCAGAAGAAGAAGGAAGGUGUGAAAACAAGAAAAAAACGAAAAAAGUAAACCAUGUAAGAAAAAUUUACCAAACCCACUUCAAAGCUAGGUAACAUUUUAUCUAGUGGACAGGAAGCUGCAACUGAAACUAAGUUAAAUAUAAAAAUAUGUAUAGUUAUGUAGAAGAAUGACAACAUGCAAAACAAAACAACAAUAGUUUGGUAAGCGAUUUGCGAGGAGUAGGUAAGCGAAAGUUUGCAGUAGCGAAAAGUUGAAGUGCACAGCAAAGCGAGUUGUUCCAAACGCAAGGAGGGAAAAUGCUAAACCUAAACAAGAAACAUAAUAAACAAAAUGAAACAACAAGAAUCUUCUAUUGAAAACACUUGUUUUAGAUUUUUAUCUCCUGUUCUUCAUGCAACUAUAGUAUCGAAUCUAUUAUUAUACAUUUUAAAUUAUAUUCAACCCAAACCUAUAUUCGAACAAAAUCUUACCUAACUAAAAUACAUCUAGUUAAUACAAGAAAAUCAACUAAUUAAACCAGUAAAACUGUAUUUAAGCAUACAUCUCUUUCUUCUAAAAGAACAAAUUCUAUAAGGAUCUAGACUUAAACAACCAAAACUAAAUUUAAGAAACAAUUUUCAAGAGCAAACAUCUAUUACUCGAACUUAACGAAGAAGAAAAAACACCUUAGGAAAUUUGAAACAUCAAGCCAUUCGAGCACUAUCAGCUUUUUCUCUCUCUCUUCCCACAUGUAGUUACACCAAACACUCGAAAUCCUUAUAGUGCCAUUAAUCAUCAGGAGCUAGUCCCUACUCACACUCUCGUUAGUAUGCACACAAGCACACAAACACCACCCUCACACUAGACUUUGAAGCAGGGGAGAACACACACACACACACACACAUUUAAAUGCAUUUUCCAUUUCAAACCCGGUGGAAACUUUCUCUAGUUCAUAUAAUCACACCUCUUCUCUAUACUCCACGUAAGGCAAAUUUACACAGUGCUAUCUUCUUCACAGAAUCACACAUCACAAACACACAUACACACACAAAUCGAGUAAACAACACACACUUUUGUAAAAUAAAAACAAAGAAAUAAUAGAAAAUUUUCCUUCCACCUUCUACAACACUGUCCUUUCCACCCCUUUCCCUUCUCUCUUCGACCAUACCCACGUCAAGCUUUCCAUUUCUCACACACGAAAACAAUGCCACACUCACAGCGGGCAUUGUAGUCAGGUUAAGUGCAAAAGAAUGAAAAAAAAAAACACGUGUGCUGAAAAACGAAUGUUCUGUUCUUUAUUGCAUUCGAAGGCAGAAAUAUUCACAAACACACACACACACACA